UGUACUCAAAGACUGCAGGUGAAACGAAAUUGGUUAACACUCCGAAUUUAUUGAGACCUUCAUCGGGCAGCACUGAGAGAAAAUUCUCGAAAGUUCGUUUCCAGUGUAUCCACGCUUUGGAUGCUCCAGUAUCACUUGGAUCGACGCCGAAACGUUCAGGACGUAAAACUUUAUCCAUUUUUGGUUACUUGAAUAAAUUGUAGUGAAAAAUAUACACGAUUAUCAGUACAGGCUCUGGGUACGAGAUUGAUAAGGAGCCCAAGUUGUUUUCACCUGCUGACCCAUACUUUCGCAGGCUAGGGUUCCUUCUUUAAUGGCGGAUGUUUGAUCAUUUGAUGUGCUUAUGGUAUUGAUGCCUCUAUUUGUCCCAUAAAACACUACAUUAUCAGGUCUUGAAGUUGAACUAGAGCCAAAGUCAUCUCCAACAGGAAGGAAAAUGAGUAACGAUACAGUGAUCAGUAAUCCAUCCAAGUGGAUGGAAGGUCUGCCAGCCGCCAAGUGGAACUACCCAUUACAGUCGUUAGCCAUCCCUGGAUCGCAUGACUCUUGUUCAUUCUCUCUUCGCAAAGAUUUAGAAAUCAGCCCAGCUGAAUCAAAAUGGCUGAAAGCACUAGCCUUUUUGUUUGGUAAACGAGUAAAAUCCAUCGUUUAUAACUGGUCUGUAACUCAAACAUAUAAUGCAUACCAACAACUAAGCAGUGGUGUUCGCUAUCUGGACCUGCGUGUCGCUUUAAGGCCUAAAGAUGGCAUGUUCCGAGUUGUUCAUGGGUUAUAUGGAGCCCCUUUAACCGAAAUUAUGCAGCAAGUGAAACAGUUCAUUACAGAGUGCCCCAAAGAGAUUGUUAUCCUGGAUUUUAAUCAUUUCUAUAACAUGAACCAAAGUGACCAUCUGAAAUUUUCCAACUCUAUUAAAAGUGCAUUUGGCAAGCAUUUGAGACCUCCAGGAAAGCAAGGUGUGACGGUGACUUUGAAAGAGCUCUGGGAUAACCAUCAGAAUAUCCUAGUAUUUUAUAAUAAUCAUGAAAUUGUGAGCCAAAACAAAUGCUUCUGGUCUGAUAGUCAGAUCUAUUCCCCAUGGGCCAACACUGCCGACACUACUACGUUACUCAAGUUCCUAAACACUGAAACUGAAAGCCAUAACCUGCCAAAAGAUGCAAUGCAUGUUGCUCAAGCAUUGCUGUCUCCAAAUGUGUCAGUUCUGCUGGGCCAUCUCACCAGUUCUUUAAAGGAUACCCUCGCAUUGAAAGCGACAGCUUUGGUUACUUCCUGGUUGAACCAGAUAUAUGGAGAUAAGAAUCAUAAGUUUAAUAUCAUCAUCGCUGAUUUUAUUGAGUACGAUGAGUAUACAAGUACCGUCAUCAAAUGGAAUUACUGUAGUUAAAAUUCCAUUACUGACUAUUGUUUAAUGUGACAUUAAUUGUCACACGAAACAAAGCUAUUUGAGACUUUGAAAAAGCAAAAUACAGCCUUGAUUCUGUGCACUUUGUUACUGAUCGCUUAAUCAAAAUAUCAUGCUAGUACCUAAAGGUACAUGGCCCAAACUGUGGGAAGGUACAUGGGAAAAUUCAUUUAAUUAACAGAAGUCUACUUGUAUUUCCCAUUAAUCUGUCACAACUUUUGUCUCUAUCAGUACAUAGCAAUGAAAACGUUUUAUGGUAAUGAUUGCAAGAUUUCAUGUUUUGAUAUUUUUAAAUAAGAUUAUAAAACAAAUUAGGUAAACUAAUAAACAUGAGUGUCAUAUUUACUAUCAACCUUAGAAUUUUUAGAAAGUUUAAUGAAAAAUAUAGGAUAUAUAUAAUUGUACAAAAUCCUGAACUAACAUUUAAAAAAGACUAAUAUCAUUCCAUUAUUGAUAAUUAUAAUGCAGGCAUUAAGUUAAUGUAGCUUGCUGUGUAGUAUUUUCGUUGUAGUUUACCAUAUUGUCAAUGGUGUAAUAAUAAUGGAAUAUAAAAAACCUUAGAAUUUAAGGUUUAAUAGUCGCAUAACUGUACAAAUGCUGUUAACAUUUUAAGAAACUAUAAUUACUUAUUUAAUUCCAUUAUUGACAAUGCAGGCAUUUUUAUUUUUAUUUUAUUUUAUAAGAUAUCAUUUUGUAUAUUGCUGUAAAAUAAUAAUAAUAAUAAUAGAUUAAUUAAUAAUUAAUAAAUGUUUGCAAAUGGAAUGAUUUUUGGGUUUUAUGAGGCAAACCAAAAUAUUGCCAACCAUGUUAGUAUUGCACAUCUAUUUGUAUUUCUUGUUAAUGAGCUGUGUUGAUAGUGUGCUGUACAUAAAAUGAAAAAAACUGUAUUCAAGUAAAUCAAUAAAACAUUGUAACCAUG